GCGAGCGUUAGCUUCCGGUAUUGCAUGUUGCGGCAGCGGUAUUGGAGGUUUCGUGUUUGCACCAAUUAUGAAGUAUGUAAUUAGUGCGUACUCAUGGAAAGGAGCCAUGUGGGUUGUGUCAGCUAAUGUUCUUAAUGGUGUCCCAUUAGGUGCCCUUCUUAGACCUUUGAAAGCGGUAGAAAAGAUAAAUGGUUUAGAUAAAGCUAGAGAAAAGGAUAAGGAGUCUAAGAUCAACUUCUGUGGUGAUAUUUCAACAAUGUUCGAUUUUGAUCUGUUGAAAAGUCCAACAUUUUUGAUAUAUGGAUUGUCGUGCUUCUUCUGCAUGUUAGGUUUUUACAUUCCUUUUACCUUUAUUCCGGAUCUUGCUGAAGAGAUUGGUGUUACGUCACAAAAAGGAGCGUGGUUGAUCUCAAUCAUUGGAAUCCUAAACACAGUAACCCGUGUAGCCGCCGCCUGGCUGGCGGAUAGAUCCUGGGCAGAUCCGACUAAAAUAAAUGGUGUAGUGCUUACAUUAUGUGGGAUAGCGAGAUUGUUUGUUCCAAAGUACUCAUAACUACAAGGUCAUGGCUACAUACUGCGCUUUCUUCGGAAUAUGUAUUGGUAAGAUCAAAAGUUAUGUUGUUUUUUGUUGUUGUUGUUUUUUUUUUUCAAGAAAUUCAGACAUUAGUUUUAUUAAAGUUAUAUAUUAAGUUAUAUUAAAUUGAAAGUUGAAAAUGCGCUUUUAUUAUUCUUGGAAGUACUGUAAAUUCCACCUAUUUAUUAUAAAGGUAUUUUCUUGUGUUCUAUUUAAAUAUUUGACAAUAUUAUACUAUCCGUAGAGGAUUAAUUUUUGUGAAGGAUAUGGUUUCCACAAUGCACGAUUUUAAAACCAAAUGCACAAGUACAAUUCUUGUUCAUAGUUGUAACAAACUGAAAAUAAUUCAGCCCGGGCCGGGAAUCGAACCCGGGACCUCUCACACCUAAGGCGGACACUCUACUACG